AAAAAGCAAUCAGUCUCGUUCUCUUCGCUCUACUGUUACAAUCCAUUCUCUUUCCAUUGAAGAAAUUUAGGACAAUAUGACAGGAAUUCAUUGCGCUCUGUUCAUUAUUGGCACGGCGGUUGGGAUAGUCUACGGACAAGAAAACCAAAAAGUCAUCGUCCAGAAAGUCAAAAUAAAUGAUAUUGCCGACAAUCCAUAUUUCAGUCAAUGGCAGGCGGAUAUUCAUUCUUCUGGUGAAAAAAUGUCAUUCAAAACUCCGUUCAAAACAGAACUUCCUGCUAACAUGAAAGUAAAACUUGAAAUAUCAUUGGAUGGCGAUGACCUCCCUGAGGCAGAGAUGGACCUAUGUGAUGUAUUCGACGAUGACAGCAUGGGUAAAGAUCUGAUUGAACAUGGAUUACCCGACGGUCAGUUUCCGACAGAGUGUCCAGUCAAAGCGGGUGACAAUUUCGAAGUAAAAGACUAUCCAUUACCCAAAGAUGAAAAAAUACCUCAGGGCACUAAAGACGGCCCCUUCCACAGUAUAGUGAGCAUAUACGAAGAGGGAAAGGAUCCUAUUAUCAUUAUUGAAAUCGACGGAGAGAUUAUGCACUACUAGUAGAAAAUUCUACGGGCCGCAUUGCUACAGAGUUACCUGUUACCUCUAGUUAUUCUUGUUACCAAAAUCAAGAAAACUAUUCCGUCAGGGGACCUGUAGCAAGAUCUGAUCACAAUGUUUUUUCCCCAUGAAAAAUUUAUGAUGACGUACGGCAACGCAACUUUAAUCUUCUGAUCCUCUGUUGAUAUUUUGUUGAAAUAAAAAGUGAAAAAUAAACUGAAAAGCUUUGAAUAA